AUGGGCUAUUUUGACGCAAGCGCGUGGGAUUUGAAGCUAAGUGGUGUGGAUAACCAAAAUCUCCGAUUCUUGAUUCGACGCUUUAAACAAACCCUUGUGGCGGUCCCAGGAUAUGGUGUUCCGAUUUUACAGUGUUUGAUGCCUUUGGCAGCUCGUCACGCGACCAGUUUAGAGGCACUUCUGACGUUAGCCUCCCGGUUUCGCUCCUCCCAUUUUCUCAACAACCAGUCCGGAGCAACCGGAGCAACCAAUUUUGGAGACCAGGGGCUAGAUCUUGCCCAGGAUAGUUAUCAGCACACUGUCAAAAAUCUACAAUCCAGUUUGUUAAAUCUGCAGACUGGGCAUGGAGACAUUGAAGAGGCCAUAGCGAUCUCGAUGAUCCUGUGGAUAUCUUGCCCGCCCGGACACGAAAUAUGGACAAUGCAUCUGAAUGGUCUCAUUGCUCUCCUUGAAACCGCACCGCUGCCUGUUUUUAACACUUUUCCUUUUUCUCUUCACAAAUUCGCGUCGUUUGCCGCCUCGCAUGCUGAUAUUAAGGCAUUUCAUAUUGGCAGAACCGAACCUAGUCGGCGACUUUGGUUGCAAUGGAGUUCAUGCCCUGCAGAAGAAAUUUUGCGUCUGCCGUCGAAAGAGAAAAUGCUUUCUGGGUGGGAGAUCAGCUCGGGAUACCCGGAGACUUUGGUGACGAUCAUUGCUUUAUUAUCUGUUGUUGUGGACGAGGACCGAUCGGAACAUAACUUGGAUCCUGUCAGCAAGGUUUAUUUCGAAGAACUCGCAUUUCAGACCUCUCUAUCGACCAGUUCAGGUGUGAGUCUAGUCCAUCAACGCAUAAUAACAGCCGAUGAGCGAGACAAGCAGCACAUUCCUCUGAUGGAGACAAUCCUUACGCGAUGGAACCCACCUUCGAUUCCCGACUCCAUGCCUCUAGAAACCAGCCUUGUUCUCAGUACAGCAUGGGAGGUCAUACGAAAAGCCGCCAUGAUCUAUUUAUGGCGCGGUGGCUUCGGCACGGAUGCAAUGGCUCCUUUAUCCACCGAGCAGGAAUCUCUCAUCGAUCGAUAUAUUCGAGAGAUGUGUGCAGGUAUUGAGAAAAUCAUCCAAGCGGCUGAAAAGUAUCAUAUCCCAACGGCGUUCACGCUGAUAUGGCCGCUGGCGGUUAUUGGCAAUGAAGCCUCACGGUGUCCAGAUUUGCAGGAUAAGAUCCGAGAAUACCUUCGGCGUAUUUAUACCUACUUUCUGAUUCCUCAUCAUCAACUAAUUGGGAACCUGCUGCAACAAUUGUGGGAGAGAGCGGCCAAGCACAACUACACUUUUUCUACUGACGCCCCUUUGAGUCUGCAGUCUAUUUGUCUAGAAGAAAAAACACGAGUGCCACUACUGUGA